UCAGAAGCGUAGAGGCGGCGGCAAAAUGGCGGCGCCUGAGGAACAAGAUCUAACCCAGGAGCAGACAGAGAAGCUGCUGCAGUUUCAGGACCUGACUGGCAUAGAAUCUAUGGAUCAGUGUCGUCAUACCUUGGAACAGCAUAACUGGAACAUAGAGGCUGCUGUACAGGACAGAUUGAAUGAGCAAGAGGGUGUACCAAGUGUUUUCAACCCACCUCCAUCCCGACCCCUGCAGGUUAACACAGCCGACCACAGGAUCUACAGCUAUGUUGUCUCAAGACCACAACCAAGGGGGCUGCUCGGAUGGAGUUAUUAUUUGAUUAUGCUUCCAUUCCGGUUUACCUAUUACACAAUACUUGAUAUAUUUAGGUUUGCUCUUCGUUUUAUACGGCCUGACCCUCGCAGCCGGGUCACUGAUCCUAUUGGGGACAUUGUUUCAUUUAUGCAUUCUUUUGAAGAAAAAUAUGGGAGGGCACACCCUGUCUUCUACCAGGGAACGUACAGCCAGGCACUUAACGAUGCCAAGCGGGAGCUUCGCUUUCUUUUGGUUUAUCUUCAUGGAGAUGAUCACCAGGACUCUGAUGAAUUCUGUCGUAAUACCCUCUGUGCUCCUGAAGUUAUUUCACUAAUAAACACUAGGAUGCUCUUCUGGGCAUGUUCCACAAACAAGCCUGAGGGAUACAGGGUUUCACAGGCUUUACGAGAGAACACCUAUCCAUUCCUGGCCAUGAUUAUGCUGAAAGAUCGGAGGAUGACUGUAGUGGGACGGCUAGAAGGCCUCAUUCAACCUGAUGACCUCAUUAAUCAGCUGACAUUUAUCAUGGAUGCAAACCAGACUUACCUGGUGUCAGAACGCCUAGAAAGGGAAGAACGAAACCAGACCCAGGUGCUGAGGCAGCAACAGGAUGAAGCCUAUCUGGCCUCUCUCAGGGCUGACCAGGAGAAAGAAAGAAAGAAACGUGAGGAGCGUGAGCGGAAGCGGCGGAAGGAGGAGGAAGUAAAACAGCAAAAGCUGGCAGAGGAGAGACGGCGGAGGAAUUUACAGGAGGAAAAGGAAAGGAAGUUGGAAUGCCUGCCCCCAGAGCCUUCCCCUGAUGACCCUGAAAGUGUCAAGAUCAUUUUCAAAUUACCCAAUGAUUCUCGAGUAGAGAGACGAUUCCACUUUUCACAGUCUUUAACGACUGCUACAUCCUAAGGAAGGAUCAGAAACCAUGCUGCCUGCAAGAGUCAUCACCUGUGUGCGUGCGUGAGGUUAGUGAUGAACGUUCCAGCCGGCAGUCUGCCUUCCCUGCUGCCUUUGCACCACACACCUUCCAGCGAGGGGGGCUCUUCACCUCCAACCCAGCCAUUGUCCCAGCAGGGAAGGGGACAUUCCCACUAGUUCUCAUUCAUUCUUGCUUUUAUGGAAAAUAGAAGUGACAAACCUCCAUCAACCAGCUACUGCAGCAUCUCCUAAGAACUUGUUUCUCCCACCUCUGGAGAAGAGAGGAAAGAGAAGGCACAGAGCAGAGAUGUUUCUUAAACUUCCCACAAUUUAUGAAUAACUUUAAAAUUUUUUUCUGUUGCUUUGUAAUGACCAAAGGAAUGAGGCUGACAUAGGUGUAUUUUUCCCCCUAUUAUUUGAUAAAGAGCCAAUUCUUAAACCCAUCACAUGAUUUCAUGCCCUGGGUUCCUUAGCCCACAAGAGGGUAAUAAAGGUGCCCCUGGCUGGUUUGUGCUUAUUUCUGCCAUCGCCCUCUCAGGUUCCCAGAGAGGUCAUUCUUUUUGGUCCAACUCUUGCUGUCCUUUCUUGUCACCUAUGCACCCCACUUGGAGCAGUGGAAAUCUGGGUUUGCAAAGGCUAUGGUGUACAGAUACCACCCAUGUGUGCAGUGUGAACUCCAUGUAUACUCAACCUGCACACAUACUGCAGCUUUUCCUUGGAAUCUGUACCAUGUGGUUAUUCCAGGGUCUGAACCAAAGGAUAGCAGCUCUUCAUUCCUCUUCUGAUGUGUGCAUGCUGUUCCUGCCCAGCCCUGAGCUUUCCUGAAUUGCCAAGCUUGGUGCCUUUCCAAAGGCUAGCAGGGCCAUGGGAGAGUACCCUGCCUGUCUCAGUGGGCAUGUGUUGGUGGUGGUGGUGGUGGUGGUCUUUUAAGGGUAGAAAGAAUAGAGGCCUUGAGAGGAGUCAAGGCAGAACUCCCAGGCUGAGUCAACUAUUAGAAGGCAAGUUUCAGUUUCUGAUGUAGCCACCUGCAGGAGGCAGUUUUUAUUCUCUUCCUUUAUUGCUGUGUUGAAGUAACAGGGUUUUCUAACCUCUGGGUGUCUUGUCUGUGGUUGAGUUUAUAGUAAUGGGUACUUGGGUCAGGCCAUGUAUUAACAGAUGCCAGCAUAAAGCUGACAAGUAUUCCAAAGUGUUCUGUGGCUAGACUGGUGCCCUCAUAACAUUGCAGCCGACUGAAGUCACUGUAGUUCUGGCAUGCUGUGAGACCAAGGGGUUCAUAUCAAGAUAAAGCAUAACUUGCUGGAUUCUAGUCUCCAAAGGCUUGCUCUGUUGCUUAACUAAAACCGGAGGACCACUCUUAGGUAGCAGGAACUUGGCUACCAUUCUCUGCAGCCUCCGUGGUUGGAGUGCACCCCAGAGGCAGGGUGAGGAGCCUCAUGGAUACCACCUAGGGAAACUAAGACUUUUCCAGUGGCCUUGGCAUGGGUGUUUAGAACACCAUCUCUAGAAAAUUUAAUUCUGCUUCUGGCUGCCUAUUAUUCCACUUUAUUUCCUAUUGUCCCAAGGCCAUAUGAGCAGGAAAUCGCUUUUUAUCAUCAUAAAAUGUACCUAGAGUGAACAUGAGGAUAAAUCGUGUUCUCCUCUCAACCUUGUGUGAAAUCUCCCUGCUGACAACUAUGCAAAGAGGAACUUUUCCACUAGGAGCCUCCCUCCCUGAUGAGUUCAGUGUUUCCCUGGCAGCGCACAGGAAGGGAUGCAGGAACUGGUGAGGCUGGGUGUGCCAUCUUGACCAUACCUCUUUGGGAAGUUGUAAAUUUUUUUCCUUAAUAAUUCAGUCUGCAUCUUAUUCUACAAUGUGCACUUUAUGCCUCUUGCCUUUUGAUAACUUGUUCAAUGAAGGAGGUCAAAUGCCAGAAUAUUAAAAAAUUUCUGUUUUUGUCGGUACAACUCUUGGGACAGCCUCUGCCUUUAGGUUUCCAGAGGAUUCUGAAGCAUAUGCUCCUUUCCUAGUCCAGGUUGAAAUAGCCUAGACCUAUUCCUGUCUCCAUGCUGACCCUAAGCUACUGCUAGGUGCCAUCUCCUUUCCUCCCUGAAAGAUCCACACUUUGUCAACGCAGUGCAAUCUGUGUGUUACUCCCAAGGACCUCUGGGAACGCAGUGGGACCUGCAAGGGAGAAAACAUUGAGAAGCCGGUGAUCUGCAAGCGUUUGCUCUGAUUUCAAAUCACCUAUGGGUAAUAAGAGCUCUUGUUUCCAAAUGGCAAGUCAUCAACUAAGCGAAAACACUUGUUUCAAGUUUCCUUCUGCACUCCCAAGACUGAAGUUGUAGAUACAGCUGCAUGACCAUGGGGAAUGAUCAAGCAAAGACACCCAACCCAGUUGGAUUUAGUUGAAUUUCUGCAACCUCAGUGGGGGCCCUUCUAGUGUUUUCUUCUACUUCUGCAGAAUUUCCUGCAGCAAAUAUUUCUUUCCCCUGCUUGCCUCCACUAUGUUUGGAUGAGAGAUGGCCAGGGGAGAAUAUUUAUCUCUUUAAAAAAAAAAAAAAAAAG